GGCUACUUGUACAGUAUCAUAGCCUGUUAGUGUGCGCAAUCUCUGUUCCUAACCAACGGAGCCUUGCACGGAGAAAAUGGCAGAACAAGUUGCGGAGCUCGCGUCCGGUUUCCUAAGCUUUGCGAACCAGGUUGCGGCGCCAUUCCUGAAGGCUGCUCUAGCUACCGGUACCGCUGCCCCAGUCGCUGUGGCCGCGCCCACUCCUGUUCCUGUUGCAGCGUCGCUCGGGCUGAAGGUGCUCCUUGAGCCACAGAUGGGCGGUGUGAUCUUCCGCGCUGCAAGCAACACGGUCGCCACCAUUUACCCCGUCUACGCCUCUGCCAAGGCCAUCGAGAGCAAGGACACCGCCGAUGACGUGCAGUGGCUAACGUACUGGACGCUGUACGGCUCUAUGAUCCUGGCGGAGCACCUGGCGGACCAGGCUCUUGGCAAGGUGCCCUUCUACUACCACGCCAAGUUCGCGGCUCUGCUGUGGCUGCAGCUGCCCCAGACCCGGGGCGCUGCCUACCUGUACAACCGCUACUACAAGCCGGCCAUGGCCCAGUACGGCCCUCACAUCGACGCCGUGCUAUCCAAGGGCCACAACCUGCUGAUCAACCUGUACGCGAUGUACAAGGUGCCCAUUGAGGCGGCGGUGGCGCUGGGGCUGCAGGCGUGGAAGUCCCUGCUGGCGGCGGUGAAGGCCCUGUCAGAGGAUAAGAAGGCCGUCAACAAGAGCGACGCAGUGAAGCCGCACGCUGCGUAAUGGCUGCUGGCCAGGAGCUUCUGGGCUGAACCCCCGAAGCGCAGCGAUUCAGGAACCCUUGUCCGUGCGUGGCUGGCGGCAGUGCGCUCGCGGUGACUGUGGCUACGCAAGCUUGCGUAUUGUAGUUUGGGGUGGGGUUGGGCGUCCGCCCGACGGGACCAAACUCAACACUGGCGCAAACCGCGGGUGUGACGUAUUAGUACCCGGCAAAGCCUCUUGAUUGCAAGUAGGUGGCGGGUCAGAUUCAGCUGGAGCGAGAAGCGACUAAGCGAGUAUGGACAAUGUACAUCGAGGCCGCGAUAACAGCGACCGAGCCCUGAUGUUCUGUACUAAAUGUAGCAUAAUAGGUUAAUGGCAAACAUGGGGGGCAAGAAAGCUGCAAGUUUGGGCAAGUUACCGAGCCAUGCCUGUCGGCGCGCCUCAUUGCUGCAUGACCGUCGAGGUCGCCCCAGUCCCAUAGGGGUGUGGGGCAUCGGGGAGUUGGUUACUGUGCUAGAGGUUCAAGGGGAAGCUUUGGAAUGUGUGACACAGGAAGGCACACGUGGAUGGCGUGUGGACUGUGCACACCACACUACACCACCGUGGCCACUGUAGCCCGCAGGGGAGGGGGUAUGCAACUCAGCCUGGAUCCAGCCCGGGCUGCAUGGGACCCGGCCAAAAGGUGUUCGGACCCCCCAGCGCCUGCUCCUGAGACUUUAUUAUUGUAACCUGGACAAAUG